UCACGAUUCCCUCUCAUGUUCACGCUGCGCAGCAAGGCAUUCACGGCGGAUGACGUAGAAGCGCUAGUAUCUUUGCUGCGACGGGCUGCUGCCACUAACAAGGUUGCUAUCGAUCUAGCUAGCUUCGUAGUAAAGAUGUCUGAUAUGGAAGAUGACUUCAUGUGCGAUGAUGAAGAGGAUUAUGAUCUGGUAAACUCCUCAGAAGAAUACUCAGAGGACAGCAACUCUGAGCCCAAUGUUGAUUUAGAGAAUCAAUACUACAAUUCAAAGGCUCUGAAGGAGGAUGACCCCAAAGCAGCUCUCAUCAGCUUCCAGAAGGUCUUAGAGCUGGAGGGCGAGAAAGGAGAAUGGGGUUUCAAGGCCUUGAAACAGAUGAUUAAGAUUAACUUCAAACUGACAAAUUUCCCUGAAAUGAUGAACAGGUACAAGCAGCUGUUGACAUACAUCCGGAGUGCAGUUACAAGAAACUAUUCUGAAAAAUCCAUCAAUUCCAUCCUUGAUUAUAUCUCAACGUCAAAGCAGAUGGACUUGCUGCAAGAGUUUUAUGAAACAACGUUGUAUGCAUUAAAGGAUGCCAAAAACGACAGGCUUUGGUUUAAAACCAACACUAAACUUGGGAAGUUGUACCUGGAGAGAGAAGAAUAUGGUAAACUUCAGAAGAUCCUGAGGCAGCUGCACCAGUCCUGUCAGGUGAAGAAACACUCCUCAUCAAUGCAAUCAGAGGUUUUCACAGAGACGGAUGACGGUGAGGAUGACCUGAAGAAAGGCACCCAGCUCUUGGAGAUCUAUGCUCUGGAGAUCCAGAUGUAUACGGCCCAGAAGAACAACAAGAAGCUGAAGGCGCUGUAUGAACAGUCUCUACACAUCAAGUCUGCCAUCCCUCACCCUCUCAUCAUGGGAGUCAUCAGAGGUAGACACGUCUCUACCUACACCUUAACUAUAUAACCACAUCUCUACCUA